AUGUUUGGCCGCGGCGAGAUUCUUGGACAUGAUCUAAUGUCUCCGUACAUCAUAUUGCGCGAUCAAGCUCGAACAGCCAGCAUAGACCCCUCGUCGAGCGUCAAACUUUCCCCAGCAAAGAAGGGCGCUUCUUCGGGCAAGUCGGAAGAGAAUACUUUCAGCGACUUCCUAGAGUAUGUCGACAAUCUUCUCGAUCGGCCCAGGCACAAUUCUAGCAUGGGCUUGCUUUCACCUACGGGCACCAUGCCUGGGCGCUCAACGAUUGCCGAAGGGCCUCAGACCAUGAAGGAGGCUAUUGAUACAGCCAUCUUGCGCAGCAACUUGACAGGCGCUGCCAACCAGAGCGCUAACCGCUUUGAGAUCGCUCGCAGCGGCCGCCGUGUCGCGGUCAUCAUGUUGGCGCGGCCCUCUUACCGGUUAGGCGAAACAAUGUCUGCUGUAAUCGAUUUUACAGACUCGCGCAUUCCCUGCUACUCAAUACACAUCUCACUAGAGACUUCAGAGAAGGUUGACCCUGCGAUAGCACUUCGCUCGAAUGCGUCGAUAUACCGCGUCACAAAGAAAGUGCACGCAUCAUUCUCGGAGAAUGCGCUGUUUGCGCAAAAGCUCGCCUUCUCGCCUACAAUACCACCCAAUGCGACACCGGAGUUUAUUACCAGCGGUGUCAGCCUGGAGUGGAAGCUCAGAAUCGAGUUCAUCACUCCGCGACUAACGCAUGAGGACGGUGAGGAGACAUCGUGGGAUGAUCUCUUGGAGGAGAUAUCUAGCGACGACCGGGGUGUCAUAUUAGCAGCGGCGCAACGAUUGCCUGCCGAGAGCUUUGAAGUUCAGGUACCGAUACGGGUAUACGGGGCUGUGAGCGGGGCACCUGAGGCACCUGAUGAACAGGGUCUUCCUGUAUGA